AUAUUUCUGUAAAAGAUUAUUGUUCAGGACAGUAUAAAGUAUGUGGUGUAUUUUGGGCAUGUGUGAAACCUGUGGAUUUAGAAGAACAUUUAGCUUUAAAUUGCCCAAAUCAAGAUAAAGAUAUUAUAGAUUUUUAUGUUCAAGUUGUUGCUAAUCAACAAGAUCAUAGUCAA